UCAUCCCUCUCUCUCUCUCUCUCUCUCUCUCUCUCUCUCUCUCUAUUCUAAUGGCGGAAGAAAACAGUACCAAGAUGCCCGGCCACAGCUUGUCCCCCGCCGGUGAUGCGCCCAAGGUUGAUGAUGCCACGGUUCGAAUCGUUUACACGGACGUGCCCGAGGGCGAGGAUCCUGAGGCCUUCGACCUCCGCUCCCUUGCCGCAGUCCUCGGCAGUGAGCAGGCUGCGAAGGAGGCCGUGAUCUACCACUACAAGGAGGCAGCAAGCGGGUUCGCCGCCAAUCUCACUUCAAAGCAAGCCGAAGAAUUGUCAAAGCAACCAGGGGUUCUUCAAGUUGUGCCAAGUCGCACCCUCCAGCUUCAUGAACCUGACACAGUCCAGGCGAUGGGCGUUAUGUGAACGUCCAUGGAGAAGGCCUCAGCUUUGGGGCAUUAUACUAACUUUUUAUUCGAGCUCUCUGUUUGCAUUGUAUUGUGUUCGGCAGCAGAGAUCUAUGUAUUUAUUUAUAAGAAUGCUCAUGUAUAUGACAUGGUAUUUGGUGUGACUUAUAUGAAUUCAUUCAUAUAUUAAUCUCAUUUUGGUUUGAGAGUAUAGGUUU